ACUUUUAAAGUUUUGUGAUGCAGACGAUACGAAACCUGACCAAGCCAAGACAGUGAAUUGUAAACAAAUAAGUUCUAAUCUAUUUUUAUAGACUUACGUUUAAAGAUCAGGAAAGAUUAAAAACAAAUGAGAGAUGACUGAACCCAAUAUUUUAUAUCAAAUGCAACAAAAAGUUGUUGAAAUGAUUGAAGAGAUAAAGCUUCUUAGAAAAUGGAACAGUGAAAAAGAACAUAAAAUUGAUGAACUUCAUAUGAAAAACUUUAAUCUUCAGAAAUCAUUGGAAGAAGAAAAUGCAAAAUUUCGGGCAAGUCAAGAGGAUUUGGAAUCACAAUUUUCACGUCUAACACUUCAAUAUGAGGAAAAAAUUAAAACAGUCCAAUUAGAUCUGUUUCAGGCAAAUAUGAAGAAAGGGUGCAAAGAUUAUGUAGAAAAAAAGUUGCAGGAUGCUUUAUCAGAUGCUCAACUCCAAAACUAUCGUGCAUCUAAGACUAUCCAGGAAUUAAAUGACAAGAUUAAAUCUAUGGAAAAAGCUGUUGAUACAUUCAAUCUACACUUAGCUAAUGUUGGAAAGCUACAGGGAAAAUGGCAGGACACAUUAAUGAAGGCUGAGAAAAGCAUUGGGAGAUUGGAGUCAAAAGUUGAGCAAGCUAUCGAAGACAAUAGUGAAUUACGUCAAAUAGCUCGACAUCUAGAUUGUAUAGUGAAAGUAAAAACACAAGAAAUCUUGGCGCUUCGUCAGGAUUUACUUCAGGUGAAUGUCAAAGUCAAAGUAGACCCAAAACAAGACAUUCUGGACUCCAAAGAAAGAGAAAUUAAAACUUUGAAUCUGCGCGUUGAAAGUCUUGAACGUCAGAUAUCUGAACUAAUGGAAGACCUCGCCAAACGCUCCAAGAGAACAAAGGAAGCACUGGAUAGCAUGGAUAAAUCUCAUGAUCUUGUGGAGAAACAUUGGGCUAAUGCUGAGCUCAGAAGAGCUGAAGUUAGUAAAGUGUCUGCACGGUGUAGUGAGCUGAGAGGCCAGAAUACAAAGUUAACUAUAGAACUUAGAAGUCUUCAAUCCAAGCUGAACAUCGAGGCGAAGAAGUUCACAGGUGAAGAACAACUGUGGAAAGAAAGGGAGUUGAAGCUGCAAAAUACACUUUCUGCUCUGACUGAUCAAAUAACUUUAAUAGAGAAAGAGAAACUUUUACUGGAAGAAUCUAAUUACAACUCCACAUGUAAAGUUGAGGAAUUGAGUGAACUGCUUUGUAAUGCUCAAAGAAUAUUAAAUGUCACUAAAGUAGACUUUGGUCAACAAUAUGGACAAAGUUUCCAGAUUUCAAGUGACUUAAUGAUCCAGGUUUCUCCUGAGGUGAGCACCAAAAUCACCCAGACAAGUCAGGGUUUACAGUUUGACAAGGAGUCUCAGACCUUUUUUAGGCUGCCCUCAGCUUCUGUUCAGACUGAGAGUCCUUUUAUUACUUCUGCAUAUUUCUACCCUCAGAAUACAGUCAUAUAUGACUCUGAUACCAAACUACAGUCUCCUCAUGUUUCUCAGAGUGAAGAAAACAAGAAGGAAGAUUUACAGCGUUGCACAAAUGUUUCCAAUGUCAAGCACAAUAGUUCAUCUAUUCCUUGUAAACAGGUCUAUCCAUUCUCAAUAAAGCAAACAGCAGAACACUUAUAUGGUCAUAGUUCUUUGACUUCGACAUGCCCAGUUUCACAUUUUGAAUUUCAAAGUGGACAAGGUUUGUGUAAAAGUAGAGGCACGUCUAAAACACGAAAUCUAGCUACCAAGAAAAUAGUUACUUCAAAAUGCAUUUUGAAACCUGAAGAUACAAACUUUUAUGACAAGGCUACCAGCAUUCAUGGACAACAGCUUUUGCCUGAAAAGUCACCCAAUCAUCCAUCAAGUGGGAAAAGACAGAAGAUGUCAAGCAAGGAUCACCGCCUACAAAAAGCAGGCAGCCAGGCCGGUCCUUUAAAAGUGGUGAAUUAUACCUUAAAGGAUCUAAAAACUCAUUUUCUAAGCUUAGAAGAAGAAGAAUGCACACACAAAAUUGAAAACAUCAAGGGAAUUAUUAAAGAUAGAGCAGAAAAUUAUGAAUGUAAGACUGUAACCAAAAAGUCUGUCCAAUUUCCAGAACAAUUGACAACUAUUUGUCAGGGUUUAACUCCAACAAGUCAAAAUGAAAGUAUUACCUCAAAGACUACAGCUGAUCAUGACAUUAGCCUGAAUACAUACUCAGAUUAUGUAGAACUUGAUGGCGUAAAAUCAACUGUCCAUUCACCGCACUUGUUUACUGCUUCAGUCCAAGAAUCUCCUGAAAUACAGUACUGUGAGGAUGACUUGAAAGCUGAAACUGCAAAUGACAGCUGGACAUCAGACAUGACAGCAGAUGAUAUAGUUAUGCUUUUGUGAAUUCUUUGAUAUUAAUUUAAAAGUUUACCUUUUGUUAUAUUCUGUUUUGGGUUAAUAUUCUUCAAUUGAACUAAAUUCACUAAAAUCAUAAUUUAAUACAGCGGUUUUCAUUCUUUUGAGCUCCACGACCUCCUAAUACAAUUUUCCACUCCACUGCGAACUAUAAAAAUUUUUUUGUUUAUAGGCCUUCGUAAAUGUGAUUUAGCUGUUAUAAAAUCCUGAUAUCUGAUAUCCAGGAUUUUUAUUCCAUUGUUAGAAAAUGAACAUACCAAAAGCUUUAUUUAAUGCUAAAUAUAUUUGCACUUAAAUUAAAAAAAAAACAACUGUAUCUUUUCUGACCUCAUUCAUUUACUUUUCUAUUAUUCAUAUUACAAACUUAAGUGACUAUUUAAAAAGUAUUGCUAAGCAUGAGAAAUGUAGUUUUUGAUGCAGCCACCUACAUUGCUACAAAAUUUUUAUGAUAGUAUUUUCAAACACACCAAAGUUUGUGUAAAGGUUAAGCUUGUUUCUGUUUUACUAGAUUAGGUAUUCUCAGGCCAGUCUUUGUAAGAACACAUCUUCAACAUCAAAUUUAUUUCUGUAUUUAGACUUGAUAGCUAACAGGCAGAAAAAACAUGUUUCACAAAGAUAUGUGGUUGGAAAUAGAAGAGGAAGUCACAAAAAAAUGUCUAAUAGAACAGAAGACAGCAAACAGUUGAUUCAGAAUUGUAUUGAAGAGAAAUCAUAUUAAGAAGUUUAAUAUUGAUAUAAUGCUUGUGGCAGUAUCUUUGUUGCUAAUAGAAAUUCAGACCAUCCAAGCAUACUUAGAGCACUAUCUGUGCAGAUAAUUUACAAUAUCUUUGGAUCUAUCAAGCUUGAGGCUAAAUAUUGAAAAAGGAGAUGACAUCAUUUCCUGAUUGAUGAUAUCAGAAAACAUGUCAACUAUUCUCCUGUAAAAAGUGUCAUUAGAUUGAGAAAUUGCACUGAAUUUAUUAAGGAAUUCCGCUCCAAUCAUAACUCAAGCAAUGUUUUUAGCUGCUGACAAUAAAUCCUUAGUAGUGGUGUGAGGUUUCAUAGAUCUGGCAAUUACGAGAGCCACCUAAUAAAAAGCUUCAAGGGUUGGUAUUUUUAUAUUCUGAUAAUUGCCACGUGAACCAAUUCAGGAUUUCUUGACUCCACCAGCCUACAAAAAUAAAAUACUGUAUGUCCUUAUCAGCAAAGGUCUUCGAACAUUUUCUUGGCCUCAUACAUUUGGCAGAAAGAACUUCUUUACAAAUGAUGCAUCAGGAUAUUUCAAUUCCUGCUUGAACUAUUGAAGCAAAACCAUACAACAAAAAAUCUUAAUUUUCUUUUCUUAGUGUUGUUUUGUUCGAAGUCCAUGUUCAUGGGUUGUUCCAUUAUGAAUUUAUUGCCUUCAAUAACAUGGACUAUAAAAUGAUGGCGUAUUAUUAAUUAAAUUUGCUUCACUAUGUGAUUAGAUCUUCACCUUAGAAAUGUUUGAUCCUGCAAUUGUGUUUCACUGCAUUUGAUGGACAGUAAUUUUGAUUGUUGAAAAAUUUAUUCUGCAACAAAGGAGAUAUGGUCUGCAAUAUCUAUUUUCGAAUGACAAUUAGAUCUAUAUAUUUCAAAAAAGAAAAACAAAGAAGUAACUACCAAUUUAAAAAAAGGGUCUACCUUCAAACAAUGAUAUUAAUAAUACAAUUUCCCAAUGGUCUUAGGUGACACCUGGCAAAUGAUCAUUAGACCCCCCCCCCUCCAAAAGGGGCUGAGAAUCCCAGCUUUACUACAUAUACUUGUUCUUGUAUAGUAUUUGCUUUGUUUUUGAGAAUCUGAUUAAAAAUUAUUUUUAAUUUGAAAAUUAGAUUUAAUGAAUUAUAAAUUAUUGUUAUUUUUUUUUUUGUUUUACAAGUUUGUACAUCUUAGGCUUAUAUAGUAAUAGGCCAGGCUGCUUAUUUCAGGGAGCAGAAGAUGAGGGACUGAGUUUAACGUUUAAAUUUUAACCUAAGUUGCAUGUUCAAAAUUAGCCUAACUGUUUGUUUUAGAAUAAGCCUAAGGAAAUUUUUAAAAUCUUAAUACACUACUUUUAUGCAUUUUUUUUUCUUAACUAUUGUUUCAUCAAUAUAUAUAAUAAGGCUUGUAUUUGAGUCCAAAGAUUAAUGAGGAAUGCAGUAUUUCCCGUGGCUAUGCAGCCCCUACAUAUUUAUAUAUACAUAUAAAUAUAAUGCAUUUGAUUUUUUUCAGUCUGAAACGUACAAAUUCUUAAAUGAAUUCUUAUAUUGGACACUUUGUGGAUGAAAACAAAAGAUAGGCUUCAAUAUUUUUUAUUCCUUUUACUGUAACUGAAGUAUAGAAAUAUUAAUUAAUAUCCUUCACCUAUCCAUUAGUCCAUUGGGGCAAUACACAUUAUCUGUUGACCAUCUUUCUCCAUUCCUCUCUUUUUUUUGCCUUUGACAGAAUCUCUUUCAGUUACAGUUCUGUCCAUUCUUUAUGUUGUCUUCCCAUCGCUUUAUUUCUCUGACUUUUAUUCUUUUACCUGGCACUGUUCCCUGAAGGAGAGUCUUUGCGAAUCCUGAGGAUUUUGUAAUAUGGCCAUAACAUUUCAGUUUGUGUUUCUUAACAGCAGUUAGCAG